GUCACGGACUUCAUGACGUGUCAUGGCAGCGCUCGCGAUGUGAUACGCGUCUACUCGCGACGACGUUUCGCGCGAUUCCCGGCAACGAGAGUGUUUCACGGCAGGACGUCGUACGAUGCGAUUGAACGCUUUCAUGUAGGAGAGUGUAUCUCGCGUACGAGACGCGAACGAAGCGGCGGAGAUUUUAAAGAGACUCAGUAACCGCGACGAUGAUGAUAAGAAUGACGGCGGCCGCGGUGAUCUUUUAUACGCUGUGCGCAUUUUACGGUGCCUCGGCUUUCUAUUUACCUGGACUGGCGCCUGUAAAUUUCUGUAAGGCUGGCGAGACCACACCAACCUGCAAGUCUGAAAUUAAACUGUACGUAAAUCGUCUGAACACUGAAAAGUAUGUUAUACCAUACGAGUAUAAUCAUUUCGACUUUUGCACGUUGGAAGAUGGACAGUCCCCGGUUGAGAACUUGGGACAAGUUGUAUUUGGCGAACGCAUACGUCCGUCUCCAUACAAAUUGGAAUUCAUGAAAGAUGUCAAGUGCGACUUUGUAUGCACCAAGUCAUACGUAGGAGGAGAGGAACAAGAUGAGAAGAAGCUGCAACUAUUGAGAAAAGGAAUAGCAGUAAACUAUCAGCAUCAUUGGAUUGUUGAUAACAUGCCAGUAACGUGGUGUUAUCAGCUAGAGGACGAACGACAAUACUGCAGCACCGGCUUUCCUAUGGGCUGCUAUUCCAAGGAACCCAGAUCUCAACAAGACACAUGCACUAUACACGGUCCUUACAACAAACUGAAAACGUUCUAUCUCUUCAAUCACGUGAAUCUUACUAUAACUUAUCAUAGCGGUAGUGGAGAAGAAUGGGGAUCAUCUUUUCAGGAAAAUGGUGGUCGCAUCAUAUCUGUAAAAGUAAUGCCACACAGUAUCAAGCAUACCGGUACAAUAGAUAGUAACAGUUGCGAGAGUCAAAUACCACUGGAGAUACCAGCCAAUGAGCUUCCAAAUGGAGAGAAGUUCCAGAUCAUGUACACAUAUUCUGUUAAAUUUGUGAGAGAUAACAAGAUCAAAUGGUCGUCCAGAUGGGACUACAUCUUGGAGUCGAUGCCGCAUACAAAUAUACAGUGGUUCAGUAUCCUAAACUCGCUGAUAAUUGUUUUGUUCCUCUCCGGUAUGGUGGCUAUGAUAAUGCUUCGUACUUUACACAAGGACAUCGCGCGAUACAAUCAGGCCUACUUCCAGAUAGAAUCAGGAGAAGAUGCGCAAGAGGAAUUCGGGUGGAAAUUGGUGCACGGCGAUGUGUUUCGUCCACCGCGUAAGGGAAUGUUGCUUUCAGUUCUACUUGGAUCCGGUGUUCAAGUAUACUUCAUGACAUUGGUCACACUAGCAUUCGCUUGCCUGGGUUUCCUCUCUCCCGCUAAUAGAGGUGCACUGAUGACAUGUGCGAUGGUGUUGUACGUUUGCCUGGGAGUUUCCGCGGGAUACGUGGCUGCUCGGAUAUACAAGAGUUUCGGUGGUGAAAAAUGGAAAUCCAACGUCUUACUGACAUCCAUGCUUAGUCCAGGAAUCGUGUUCAGUUUAUUCUUCAUCAUGAAUUUGAUAUUCUGGGCGAAUGGCAGUUCGGCUGCGGUACCUUUCAGUACUCUAAUCGCGCUUCUGGCUUUGUGGUUCGGAGUAUCCGUGCCAUUGACGUUUAUUGGUGCCUACUUUGGCUUCAAGAAAAGGGCAUUGGAGCACCCGGUACGGACGAAUCAGAUACCUCGACAGAUACCGGAACAGAAUUUCUACACGCAACCGAUACCAGGGGUUAUCAUGGGUGGCGUCUUACCAUUUGGUUGCAUAUUUAUACAAUUAUUCUUCAUACUUAAUUCCCUUUGGUCGAGCCAAGUGUACUACAUGUUUGGAUUUCUCUUCUUGGUUUUCGUUAUACUCGUCAUUACGUGUUCCGAAACGACGAUCUUGCUUUGCUAUUUCCAUCUUUGCGCAGAAGAUUAUCAUUGGUGGUGGCGUAGCUUUCUCACGUCUGGUUUCACUGCUGUUUACUUGUUAAUUUAUUGUAUACACUUCUUCAUCACAAAACUAGAAAUCGAAGGCGCCACUUCGACGUUCCUGUAUUUCGGAUACACCUUCAUUAUGGUUUACUUAUUCUUCCUUUUGACAGGUUCCAUCGGUUUCUUUGCCUGUUUUUGGUUUGUGCGUAAAAUUUAUAGUGUUGUGAAGGUUGACUAAAUAAAACUGAUGAGAUGCGAGAACGCCCGUAAGAUGAUUGUGGUACAAGUGAAACUUGAUUGCAACGAGAAUGAGCGAUAGUCGAUUGCCAGUGGUAAUACACUAAUAAAUGUACAAUAGUGCACUCCUCGCGUCGCGUUACUGCCGAAACGCAUCGUCGCGAGUGUCGUCAUAAUACUAAUGAAUAAUAAUUUAUUUUAUUAACGUGGAAGUUAAUAAAAUAACACGUUUAACAGACUUCGAUAUCGACUAUCUAACAUUCUUCAAAGUAUUUCCCUAUGUAAGCGUCUAACAUACGUCGUACAUCUUGAUGUAUGUUUCAAAUGUACACGAGAAGUAUCUAUGCGUCUAUAAAUAUUUUAUUUUGUUUUCUGUCCGUUUCUGGAAUGCGUGGCCUAUGUCAGAAAAUGUUGCAUUACAAGUGUGCAAGUUUCAGAUUUAGCGUUUCGUAUUAAAUCUUUCUUACAUGUCACAUAAAAUCUGUUCUGGCCGAAUCACUCGGUCUUAAUAAAUUUAUUAACAAUAAAAAAAGGACUUUUUUCUGAUAAAAAAAAACGAUAAAAGUAUUAAUCAUAACGGUGUGUAAAUAUAAUUUAAUUCUGAUAAAUGCGUGCGUGUUUAUGUUUCUUUAAAUUUAUUAAGCUACAAGUCAACUACACAAAUGAUAAGAAUGUACAAAUUGAAAACCAUAUAAUGAUUAAAUUUUACGUCUCUCCUUGCGCUUUUGGUUCUCCUUAUUUUUCACUAUCUCUACUAAUAGUAUUCUAUAAACGUGACGUAUCUAAUAGUCAAUAUGCACACAUUCUGUACUCAAAUUUUGUAAACUAAAGUACCUACAAUGUUAUAGAGAGCGUUGAUAAUGUUAUUGAUACAAAUAAAAUUAUCAAAUAAGU